UUUGUGACUACAAAAGUGCUCAGUUAAGUAAUAUGAAAACACAUAUUAGAACUCAUACAUCAGAGAGACCUUUCAGCUGCGAGUUUUGUGACUACAAAAGUGCUCAGCUAGGUCAUUUGAAGGUACACAUUAGAAAACACACUGGAGAAAAACCUUUCAGCUGCGAAUUUUGUGUUUUUAAAAGUGCUAGGUUGGAUGAUUUGAAAGCACAUAUCAGAACACAUACUGGAGAAAAACCUUUUAGCUGCGAAUUUUGUGUUUUUAAAAGUGCUAGGUUAGGUGAUUUGAAAGUACAUAUCAGAUCACAUACUGGAGAAAAACCUUUCAGCUGUAAGUUUUGUGACUACAAAAGUACUCUGUUAGGUAAUUUGAAAAGACAUAUCAGUAUACAUACUGGAGAAAAACCUUUCAGCUGUGAAUUUUGUGAAUUUAAAAGUGCUAGGUUAGGUCAUUUGAAAGAUCAUAUCAGAACACAUACUGGAGAAAAACCUUUCAGCUGCGAGUUUUGUGAUUUUAAAAGUGCUAGGUUAGGUCAUUUGAAAGAUCAUAUCAGAGCACAUACUGGAGAAAAACCUUUUAGCUGCAAAUUUUGUGUUUUUAAAAGUGCUAGGUUAGGUGAUUUGAAAGUACAUAUCAGAACCCAUACUGGAGAAAAACCAUUCAGCUGCGAGUUUUGUGAAUACAAAAGUGCUAGGUUAGGUGAUUUGAAAAGACAUAUCAGUAUACAUACUGGAGAAAAACCUUUCAGCUGUGAAUUUUGUGAAUUUAAAAGUGCUAGGUUAGGUCAUUUGAAAGAUCAUAUCAGAACACAUACUGGAGAAAAACCUUUUAGCUGCAAAUUUUGUGUUUUUAAAAGUGCUAGGUUAGGUCAUUUGAAAGAUCAUAUCAGAGCACAUACUGGAGAAAAACCUUUCAGCUGCAAAUUUUGUGAUUUUAAAAGUGCUAGGUUAGGUGAUUUGAAAGUACAUAUCAGAACCCAUACUGGAGAAAAACCAUUCAGCUGCGAGUUUUGUGAAUACAAAAGUGCUAGGUUAGGUGAUUUGAAAGCACAUAUCAGAACACAUACUGGAGAAAAACCAUUCAACUGCAAGUUUUGUGAUUUUAAAAGUGCUAGGCUAGAUCAUUUGAAAUUACAUAUCAGAACCCAUACUGGAGAAAAACCAUUCAGUUGCGAGUUUUGUGAUUUCAAAAGUUCUCAGCUAUGUAAUUUGAAAGCACAUAUCAAAACACAUACUGGAGAAAAACCUUUCAGCUGCAAGUUUUGUGACUUCAAAUGUGCUAGAUUAGGUAAUUUGAAAACACAUACCAGAACACAUACUGGAGAAACAACUCCUAGCUAAGCAUAAUUUUGUUAACCCUCACUUUCUUAUCAAACUUUAUUAAAACAGUUAUCUACUCUA